CAUCCCAAGUUCCAUCAAAGCGAACCCGGGCCAGCGCAAGGAUCUUCGAGUUGCGAGUGUGCUGAGGCUGGGACUGUCACUCAUUCUCCCCUCAGCGCGUGAACGCAGCUCGGCAUCCGCUGGCAGGAAACAAUUCUGCAAAAAUAAUCAUACUCAGCCUGGCAAUUGUCUGCCUCUAGGUCUGUUGCUCUAACGCCGUCCACACUCGCUGCAAGGAGCCGGGGCACAGAAUUUACCGCGGCAAGAACACCCUUCCCAGCCAGCAGAUUACAAUGCUGCAAACUAAGGAUCUCAUCUGGACUUUGUUUUUCCUGGGAACUGCAGUUUCUCUGCAGGUGGAUAUUGUUCCCAGCCAGGGGGAAAUCAGCGUUGGAGAGUCCAAAUUCUUCUUAUGCCAAGUGGCAGGGGAAGCCAAAGAUAAAGACAUCUCCUGGUUCUCCCCCAAUGGAGAAAAGCUCACCCCGAACCAGCAGCGGAUCUCAGUGGUAUGGAAUGACGACUCUUCUUCCACCCUCACCAUCUACAACGCUGACAUUGACGAUGCUGGCAUUUACAAGUGUGUGGUCACUGGCGAGGACGGCAGUGAGUCAGAGGCCACAGUCAACGUGAAGAUCUUCCAGAAGCUCAUGUUCAAGAAUGCACCAACUCCCCAGGAGUUCAGGGAGGGGGAAGACGCAGUGAUCGUGUGUGAUGUGGUCAGCUCUCUACCCCCAACCAUCAUCUGGAAACACAAAGGUCGAGAUGUCAUCCUGAAAAAAGAUGUCCGAUUCAUAGUCCUGUCCAACAACUACCUGCAGAUUCGGAACAUCAAGAAAACAGAUGAGGGUACUUACCGAUGUGAGGGCAGGAUCCUGGCACGGGGGGAGAUCAACUUCAAGGACAUUCAGGUCAUUGUGAAUGUACCACCCACCGUCCAGGCCAGGCAAAGCAUCGUGAAUGCCACCGCCAACCUCGGCCAGUCCGUCACCCUGGUGUGUGAUGCUGAAGGCUUCCCGGAGCCCACCAUGAGCUGGACAAAGGACGGGGAUCUGAUAGAGAAUGAGGAAGACGAGAAGUACGUCUUUAGUGACGACAGUUCGGAGCUGACCAUCAGGAAGGUGGAUAAGAACGACGAGGCUGAGUAUGUCUGCAUCGCCGAGAACAAGGCUGGAGAACAGGAUGCAUCCAUCCACCUCAAAGUUUUUGCAAAACCCAAAAUCACUUAUGUAGAGAACCAGACCGCCAUGGAACUAGAGGAGCAGGUCACUCUUACCUGUGAAGCCUCGGGAGACCCCAUUCCCUCUAUCACCUGGAGAACUUCCACCCGAAACAUCAGCAGCGAAGAAAAGACUCUGGAUGGGCACAUGGUGGUGCGCAGCCACGCCCGCGUGUCCUCCCUGACCCUGAAGAGCAUCCAGUACACAGACGCUGGAGAGUACAUCUGCACUGCCAGCAACACUAUCGGCCAGGACUCCCAGUCCAUGUACCUUGAAGUGCAAUAUGCCCCCAAGCUGCAGGGCCCCGUGGCUGUGUACACCUGGGAGGGGAACCAGGUGAACAUCACCUGCGAGGUGUUUGCCUACCCCAGUGCCACAAUCUCAUGGUUCCGAGAUGGUCAGCUGCUGCCAAGCUCCAACUACAGCAACAUCAAGAUCUACAACAGCCCCUCUGCCAGCUACCUGGAGGUGACCCCGGACUCUGAAAAUGAUUUUGGAAACUACAACUGCACCGCCGUGAACCGCAUUGGACAGGAGUCUCUGGAAUUCAUCCUUGUCCAAGCAGACACCCCAUCCUCACCAUCCAUCGACCAGGUGGAGCCAUACUCGAGCACAGCACAGGUGCAGUUUGAUGAGCCUGAGGCCACAGGAGGGGUGCCCAUCCUCAAAUACAAGGCUGAGUGGAAAGCAGUGGGCGAGGAAAUGUGGCACUCCAAGUGGUACGAUGCCAAGGAAGCCAGCAUGGAGGGCAUCGUCACCAUCAUGGGCCUGAAGCCUGAGACGACGUACACAGUGCGACUGGCAGCCCUCAACGGCAAGGGUCUGGGCGAGAUCAGCGCAGCCUCCGAGUUCAAGACGCAGCCAGUCCGGGAACCCAGCGCUCCUAAGCUCGAAGGGCAGAUGGGAGAGGAUGGCAACUCCAUCAAGGUGAACCUGAUCAAGCAGGACGACGGCGGCUCCCCCAUCAGACACUACCUGGUCAAGUACCGCACGAAACUCUCUUCCGAGUGGAAACCAGAGAUGAGGCUCCCGUCUAGCAGUGACCACGUCAUGCUCAAGUCCCUGGACUGGAAUGCUGAGUAUGAGGUCUACGUGGUGGCUGAGAACCAGCAGGGGAAGUCCAAGGCGGCUCGUUUUGUGUUCAGGACCUCGGCGCAGCCCACAGCCAUCCCAGCCAAUGGCAGCCCCACCGUAGGCCUGAGCACCGGGGCCAUCGUGGGCAUCCUCAUUGUCACCUUUGUCCUGCUCCUGGUGGUUGUCGACAUCACCUGCUACUUCCUGAACAAGUGUGGCCUGCUCAUGUGCAUCGCAGUCAACCUGUGUGGAAAGGCGGGGCCAGGCGCCAAGGGCAAGGACAUGAGAGGCAAGCCGCCUUCUCGUGAGAAAGAUGAGUCCAAGGAGCCCAUCGUGGAGGUGCGCACUGAGGAGGAGCGGACCCCAAAUCACGACGGAGGGAAGCACACAGAGCCCAACGAGACCACGCCGCUGACAGAGCCCGAGAAGGGCCCUGUAGAAGCAAAGUCGGAGUGCCAGGAGACAGAAACGAAGCCAGCACCAGCCGAAGCGAAGACGGUCCCCAACGAUGCCACACAGACAAAGGAAAACGAGAGCAAAGCAUGAUGGGUGACGACAGCCAAGCAAAGAUCAAAAUUAAAAGUGACACCACAGCUUCACCAGAGCAUUUCCAAUAUCUCACAUACACACACACACACACACACACACACACACACAUCUCACCCCUCUAGCGUCUUUUGCCUUUAAAAACAAAACUAAACAUAAACAUGGGAUCGCCUUUUUGUAGGUUUAUAGAAAGGGUUCCUUUGUUGCGCACUCACUUGUAAGAAAAUGAGACAAAAAGGUUAACCCCACAGCCAAACUAGGACACUCCGUUCCCUGAAACCAUUUAAAAAUCAAACAAAAGGACCCCAAAUUAAGAAUCUAGGAAGCUCAGAAAAAAAAAUCUAGGUUCAGGAAGACCGCACUUGGCAUUGCCCAAUUGGCACAGAGCAGUCUCAGAGAGAAACACUUCCAGGCACUAUAACUAACCGAUGAACAAAGUCCAAGUUUAUUUUUAUACUCUCAGUCGAGUUUGAAUUCUGUAAAAACCUCAUAAGUAAGUUAUCAUUUCUGUUCACUUUGUAUUUGUUCAGUAUGCAAAGUGUGUCACCCCUUCUAGCUGACUUCAGUUCCCACGUAGACUCUGGUUCCGUAGGAAGAAUGCCAAAUUGCAGCUUCUGGGGCUAGAUCUCAAUUUGCAGUAUUCAGACUUCUUUUUUUUCUUUUCUUUUCAUUCUUUUCUUUUCCUUUCUGCCAACUUUGCUUUCCAGUGUUUACAAGUUGACAAAUGUUUAACUUCAAUGGCAUUUCAAUGUCCAUGUAAAGUAGUUGCCUUUUUUUUUUUUAAGCUCCAAAUACCGCCUAGGUGGGAGGAUCACCGCAGGCCUGCUUUAGCACAGAAACGUCACCCCCAUGACUGUUUGCAGUGGUAAUCCCCUAUUGAGUUGAAGUUUUCACCUGCAUCCAACUCAGGUGAAAAUCCAUCUCGUUCCGGACUGGUUUUGCUUUUUGGUUCUCGGUUCCUUUUGUGUUUCCCUGCGGGUAGACCGCUUUCUAGCAGCAGUCGCCUGGCCUGCAGUGUCUGGGAAAAGGGCUCUGCUCCCAGCGCCCUGCUCUUCCUCUUGAAAGUUUCCUUAGGCUUUGUUGACCGAGCAGAGAAGACUGUAUAGCUGCGGCUGGUCUUGGUGAACACACGUUUUGACCCCAAACAUCCCCCUUUUGUAGAAAGCCAAAUAAAAUAUAUACAUACAAUUUCUUUUGAGCCCAGAAUCUAGAUUUGAGCGGAAGAACACGUGUGCUUCAGGGAAUGAGUGUCUUUUUUUGGAAAUCUGUUGAAGUAAAGGAACAUCGGCCUUCUGUUCACUUAGGCAGCAUUUGUAGAAACAAAAGAAAAAACAAACAAACAAACAAAAAAACCCAACCUGCUGUCUGGAGUCAUAACACAACUUUCCUGGAUUGGAAACAAAGUGGGGGAGAAAUACAGAAACUUUACGGGGACGGGAGGGGGGAGAAGGGAAAAGCCAGCCCUUUGUAUAGACAUUUUGCUUUUUUUCUCAUUCUACUUUAGAACUGCAAGCUUGUGCACUGUGGACGCGUGAAUAUUUUAGUGUGAAACGUGUUUUGUCAUAGUAUUGAAAUAAAACUUCAACAUAGUUUGGUUGUGGAAGGUAUAGCAGAUAGUUCAGAAAAAAAAAUAUUCAGGAAAGAAAAUUUACUCUUAAAAGGAAUUGAAGCCUUUAAACAAAGAAAAUGAAUAAAAAUGAUUUUGAUGAUGAUGAUGAUGCUAAGUAAACAGAAGUCAGGUCUCAGCACGCGCUGCUUUCCGAAGGUACAACAGCAAGAGGUGAGGGUGGCGAGACCACCGAGUCGUGCUGUGGGCCACACCCAGGUCCUGACACUUCUGCAGCCUGAUCAGUGGCAAUGUGCUAGAUUAUCAUUUCAAACUGUGAAAAAUAAUGGUCUUGUCAUUUGCUCAAUGUGGGGUUAUUUUGCAUUUUCUCAUCUCCUGGGGAUGGAAAUGGAGGAUCCCAGUCCACAGCGCUCGGCCCCUUUGAUUCUAGGGCCACACAAAUUCUGGUUCCGAGGCACAGGCCCGCAGGCACAAACACCUUGAAGACAAUUCUUAGAGCACACAGCAGAACGGGAGCUCCUGCGUGUCAGGCGGAGGGUCCGCAAGGACUGGUGGCUCUUCUGUCACCAGGUUGUCAGUGGGAUCAGUUCUGCAUCUUGUGGUGUUAGUGGCUUUGAUCAAGGCCAAGCCCACAUUAUACCUCAAGGAGACUGCGUUUCAUUCCAAGCUGGUGUGGUUAGGCAAACUGAUUUUUGUUCCAAUGAUUAGGAAGAAAAAGAGGUAUAGUCAACCCUCAGAUAACCUGGCCCAGGACAGCGGACAGUCACCCUCCGCCAAGAGUCCACCAUUAGCUGGAACCCAACCCUCUGCCCGCCUUUUGGUCAGCUUCUCUCCCAAUAUACAUAGAUUUGUAUCUGCAUGCAUGAGCUUUCCUUUCCUUAAAAAUAUAAAAUAAAACAGAGCGAUGCUUUCUCUAAAAUCAAAGAGGGAGUCACUUUAUUUUCAAGAUGUUCUAUCUUUUAUGUUAAGAGAUAAAAGCUUAUAGUUUUUCUUUUUUAAUUUUUUGAAGGGGGAUCAAUUCUGCCCAUUUCCAAUGUCUAUGUGUCUAUAUGUGUAUGUGCCAUACAUAUGUAUUCACAUGAAUGCCGGCACGGCCGAGUCCUGCUGGGGCACUCGGGUGGACGCCCGGGCCUCCGCUCCCUGGGGCCACAGUGUACGCAGUGCAGCUCUGGAAGUGGAACUCUAUUUUCACACUUUUGUAUGGAGCCUUCAAGCCCCAGGUUUUCACUCUAGGCUGUCUGUCUGGAUGGCGGUUUUCAGACCUCCAUUAACAUCCCUACCCAGCAUUCCCAACUUCGGGGGCCUUCUCUCUUGUUAUAAACUUUUUACCAAGUGAAACAUCGAGACCACCUUUGUUUCCAUUCUCACUGGUGUAAAUACUGAGUACUAACUGAGAAUUUUGACUUUGCAUUCUGUCAGAAUACUUGUGUUCAAUAAAAACUGAAAGAAAAAAAACAA